AUGGCCUCUCUAGGCGCUAAGCUACGGUUUAUGGUCACUGCCGGGGUGGGAUUCUUUGCAGAUGGCUAUCUUAACCUAACAAUAGGGCUCGAUGGCAGCGUCUCCGCAAUCGAUAGCGAUGUCAUCAAAGGAGGCCUCAGUCUGGGUAUGGUAGUAGGCCAACUUCUUUUUGGUGUACUCAGUGAUACUUGGGGCCGCCACAAAAUAUAUGGAAAAGAGUUGCUGUUGACUAUCUUCGGAACUCUGCUGGUGAUCCUGCUGCCAUGGAAGGGCAUGACUCCACAAUCAGUAACCGCCUGGGUGACGAUAUUUCGUGUUGUAACUGGUGUGGGAAUCGGAGCUGACUAUCCGCUAUCCUCUGCUCUGGCUGCAGAGAAAUCACCGUUUGGCUCUCGAGCUAUACAGAUACUGGCCGUCUUCUCGAAUAUUGGACUUGGCAACAUGGCCGCCAGCAUCGUCUUCUUAGUCCUGCUUAAAGCGUUUGAGAAUUCGGUUGCCGACAACAUUUACCAUCUCGAAUGGGUAUGGCGACUAUUGCUGGGCAUUGGCAUUAUUCCUGCUGUUUUCACGCUCUAUGCCCGGUUGACUAUCGCCGAGACAUUGCCAUACAAACAAUAUGUAUGCGAUGAAAAUACGGGGCAAAAGCGUGGCUUCAAACAACAAUGGAGAGAUUUUCGAGAAUACUUCAGUCAGUGGAAGCACGCAAAAGUACUCUUUGCAACGGCAGCCGCCUGGUUUCUCUUUGAUAUUGCAUAUUACGGAAUCAACCUCAACCAAAGUGUCAUCUUGACCAGAAUCGGAUAUGCCAAAGGAGCAACCCCGUGGCAGACCCUUUACAACACUGCCAUUGGGAACAUAAUUGUCCAGGCUGCGGGCUAUCUUCCGGGAUUUUACGUUGGUAUCUUUCUCCCCGAUCGCAUUGGCCGCGUCCGCCAGCAAUUAUACACAUGCGGAACCGUGUGUGUUCUCUACGCUAUCUGGGCUGGGGUUAGUUCUCCCGGCGCCCACACCUCCACUGGAGGUUUGAUGGCGAUUUUUGCUAUUUCCCAAUUCGUCCUCACGACCGGUCCCAACACAACCACAUUCCUGAUUCCCGCAGAGGUAUUCCCAACCCGGGUUCGGGGUACAGCUCACGGUAUCUCUGCCGCUGCUGGCAAAUGUGGCGCAAUUCUUACAUCCUUUGCUUUUGGAACCGUUGAAGAUGCUAUUGGUCUUUCAGGCGUGCUCGGCCUGUUCUCCGGGGUUAUGUUACUUACCACCCUGGUCACCUUCUUGAUCCCCGAGACAAGAAACCACACGCUUGAGGGCAUUGAAAGGGGUGAUCUAUAUGGCGAUCAUGACGGAUUCAAGGGGGAAGAUUCUUCUGGGGGCCUUAUUACACAAGUGCAUGUUAGCACGACCGGUCCUGGCUCUAUUGACAAAGUGAUAUAA